AUGAGAUAUUGCAAUGUUAAUCGUAUGGCUGAGAGUGGAUUUUAUUUCACGGGUGAAUUGGAUGCUGUAAGGUGUUUCUCCUGUCAAAUCGACAUAUACGGAUGGCAGCACAAUGAUGAUCCUAUAAGUGUUCACGCCCAAUGGUCUCCUGACUGUGAAUACAUCCAGGCUAUAGUCGAUGAUAACUUCAUCGAUAGUGUACGGGAUAAAAGAUAUGACACAUUAAUCGAUCCAAAUGUUUAUCAAACACUGAAGGACUGUGGAAUUCCCGACUAUAUUAUACGGCAUGCACAUCGCAAACACAUAAUUCAGAGCGGUGAACUUUUUACAGAUGCUGUCCAGUGUCUGUCGGUUAUCGAGAAACUGUAUAAUUUCAAAGACAAAUAG